AUAGAGAACUCGUACUGGUAGGGUUUGCUCAUCUGUUUCUUGCUUUCUUGGGAAUCAUGGAUGGGCGGAUCUCUCUCCUCUUUCUUCUCUCUUUCCUGGUUGCGACGUCGUUCGCCGCCGCGAUCGACUCCGAUUCGGCCGAUGACGACUUCUUGAUCCGGCAGGUCGUCGGCGGUGACCACCUGUUGGGCGCAGAGCACCACUUUUCGCUCUUCAAGCGCAAGUAUGGAAAGUCGUACGCCACCAAGGAGGAGCACGAUUACAGGUUUUCGGUCUUCAAGGCUAACCUGCGCCGGGCGCUGCGUCAUCAGAAGCUCGACCCCUCGGCUGUCCACGGCGUCACUCAGUUCUCCGAUCUGACUCCGGCCGAGUUCCGCAGGAAUCACCUCGGCCUGAAGCGACUCAGGCUUCCGGCGGACGCUACCAAGGCUCCGAUCCUUCCGACUAAUGAUCUGCCCGAGGAUUUCGAUUGGAGAGAUCACGGAGCCGUUACGCCCGUAAAGAACCAGGGCUCUUGCGGAUCAUGCUGGUCGUUUAGUACAACUGGAGCAUUGGAAGGGGCGAAUUUCCUUGCGACAGGGAAGCUGGAGAGCCUGAGCGAGCAACAGCUUGUGGAUUGUGACCACGAGUGUGAUCCAGAGGAACCUGGUUCAUGUGAUGCUGGUUGCAACGGUGGGCUGAUGAAUAGUGCCUUUGAGUACACGCUCAAAGCAGGUGGACUUAUGCGAGAAGGAGAUUAUCCUUACACUGGUACUGAUGGAACCUGCAAAUUUGACAAGGCCAAGAUUGUUGCAUCAGUGGCCAACUUUAGUGUUGUCUCCCUUGAUGAAGACCAAAUUGCUGCGAAUCUUGUUAAAAAUGGCCCUCUUGCAGUGGCAAUCAAUGCAGUGUUCAUGCAGACCUAUGUGGGGGGAGUUUCAUGCCCGUAUAUAUGCUCCAAACGGCUAGACCACGGAGUGUUGUUGGUCGGCUAUGGUUCAGCUGGCUAUGCCCCCAUCCGGAUGAAGGAGAAGCCGUACUGGAUCAUAAAGAACUCGUGGGGAGAACAUUGGGGCGAAACUGGAUACUACAAAAUCUGUCGUGGCCGCAAUAUUUGCGGGGUCGACUCCAUGGUCUCGACCUGUGGCCGCUGCUGCCGUUCAUCCGAGUUCGGAGUAACUGCAGUAUGGACACACUUAACUUCAUCAUCUCAUAUGGUUAGAAUCUGUGUUUGUAUAUACAUAUGGUGGUCGGUCUCGUUCGGACUUUGAUUCUCUCAAGAAAUUGCUGAUAAGAAAUUGCUUUCUUUUGUAUUUCGAAUUUGGCAAAACAGAAAUGUCAUAUAUAUUAUUAUCCAUAUUUACUGGCACA